GAAAUAAAGCAUAAGUUGAAAUCAUGUCACUCCUCCCAAAAAUCUUUUUUCAUCAUCUUUCACUUUUUCUAUACUUAGUCCCUAAGACUUCUCUUCUUCAUCUUCUAAUCUUCUUUUCACAUUUUACAACAUUCAACUUCCUUACUUCUUCUUUCAAUGGAUCAAGAUUCAGCUCCUUACAUCUCCAAAAAACAAAAAACAAACCAUGCAAACUACCCUUGUAAGUUUUACAAUAUUUUUCCAUUUAAAACUAUGCUACUUAUCAUAUUCCUAGUUGCACUUCCACUUUUUCCUUUACAACCUCCUGAAAUCAUCACCCAAACAGGAUAUUGGGAACUUGUUCAGCUUAUUUUAGUUGGUAUAGCUGUUUCUUAUGGUUUAUUCAGUAGAAAAACCGACAAUGAUAACGAUGAUGAUGUUGAUGAUACAGAAAAUGAAUAUUUAUUUAGUUCAAAGAUUGAUAAUGUUCAAUCUAGAUUACUUGAGGUUUCAUCUUUUUUUGAAAACCAUCAAGUGUCUGAUGAAAACAUAGUGAAUAAUUAUCAGUAUUGUAGUGGUAAGCCAGUGGUUGUUGUUGCUAAGGAAAACGAUGCUAUUAUUAGUACAAGUUUUGUUGAAAAGCCUUUGCUUUUGCCAAUUAGAAGUUUAAAAUCCCCUGUUCUUGACCCUAUCACAACUACUAAUUCACCAAAAUCUAUGGUUUCAUCUCCAAGAAAAAUUGAUCAAUUUGAUCACAAACAGAGUUUUAACAAAUCCUCUGUUUCACCUCCACCUCCACCACCUCCUCUGCCGUCGCCAUCAUCGAUUGUUAAAAAAUCUACUCUGUUGAGAUCAAGCUCUAUAGUAAUGGAUGAUCAUAAAGGUUCUUUUGGUAAGGAAUUGAGGAGAAGUACUAGGAGUGUUCCAUUUGAAUUGAGCUCGUAUAAAGGGAAGUCUGUUCGAACAAUUAGGCCGUUCAUAGGGGCUGCAAGAGCCAGAUUAUAUGCUAAAGAUUUCGUAAAUGGGAUUACAGAGGAUGAAAGAAACAAAGAAGUUGAUACACAGAUGCAAGUGUUAGAGCCAGCAUUGAUGGAGUUCUCAGAGGAUGAGAAGAAAACAUCGAAAAGUGAUGAAGAUUCAGACGAUUGUAUUGAAGAAAGCUCGGAAAAUGUAGACGAAGAAAGGAAAUGUGGUGUUGAUGGUAGUCCAGAUAAUGUAGACAAGAAGGCUGAUGAGUUUAUAGCUAAAUUUAGAGAGCAAAUUAGGCUUCAGAGAAUUAAGUCCAUUCGUACAUCGGCUACACAGCCUGCUAAAAUGUUAAUCCAGUAAAAGUAUUACUAACUAUGAAUGGUUCACUUCACAUCGCGUUUUUAAUAUGGGCUAAGGCACUCAUCGCAGCUAGCUUUUAGAUUUUGAGUUAUGUUCAACUGUCAUGUUGUAUUGCCAUUAGAAGAAUUCACUUGGCACUACUGAAGUUGUCUUGUCUUAUUUUUUUUUUUGUUCAGUUUGUAUUUGAAGAUUUGAGGUUUCUGGUAUAAAGAUAUUUUAGUAUUGUAGUUAUACACCUAUGUUUGUGCCAGUAGUUGAUUUAGUACAACUCAUUCUGGCAUUUUGUUAUAGAAAAGAAAAUCUUUUGGUUUUA